UCCAGAACUUUCUGUGUAUUUGUCUCUUUCUUUCUCUGUUGUUUCUAUUAGCAGCCGCCAUUUCUCAUCGUCUCCUCUUCUUCCCUUCAGGUUUCUCCAAUCCAGGAUCCUCUGCUGAUAUCUUCUAUAUAAGAGAAUUCUCCUGGAUGACCCAUCAACCAUGGAGAGAGACAGGAACAAGAUGGCCGACAGGAUCAUAAACCUCACCCUACAGAUACUCUUUCGGCUUACUGGAGAGGAUUACACAGUAGUGAAGAAGUCCUCUAGUGGGCGCUGUCGGGCCCCUGUGUGUGAAGGAUGGGGAAGAACCCUGAGCCCAAUCCCGGGGCCCCCACCUCACUCCCUGAUACAUGAGGAAAUGGAUGAACAGAAGAUCCUAGAACUCAUCAACAAGAUGAUGGAGCUGCUGACUGGAGAGGUUCCUAUAAGGUGUCAGGACGUGGCGGUCUAUUUCUCCAUGGAGGAGUGGGAGUAUGUAGAAGGACACAAGGAUCAGUAUAAGGAUCAGGUCAUGAUGGAGGAUCAGCAGCCCCUCACAUCACCAGUCAGAUCCAGUAAGAGAACAGCAGCAGAGAGGUGUCCCCGUCCUCUUCUUCCACAGGAUGAUCAGGGAGAAGAUAUGAACAAUAUUAAUGCUCCAGAGACAGAUGUGAGCAGUGAUGAGCAGUGUAAGAAGGACAUUCCUACAGGGAGGGAUCUGAUCUAUAUUAAUGUUAAAGACAUAAAGGAAGAAGAGACAGAUGUGAGCAGUGAUGAGCAGUAUAAGGAGGACAUUCCUACAGGAAACAAUCUAAACUAUAUUAAUGCUACAGACAUAAAAGUAGAAGAAGAGGCAGAUGUGAGCGGUGAUAAGCAGUAUAAGGAGGACAUUCCUACAAGUAACCACCCCGAUUCUUGUAGCAGGAGAUCAGAGGAGAAUCUUAUAUCUUCAGAUUAUAAAGCAGAUGAUGAUAUCACACAAGAUACAUAUGAAGAACAUUCCAUUAUCCCAGAUACACCCUCAGCCCUUCACAGCCAAGAUCUGUCAUCUCAUCCUUAUAUACAGGUCCUGUCUUCUCAGUCAUCACAGGAUGUUCAGCAAAAUAAAGGUCACAGAAGGAAUGUUGGACAUCAACAAGCUCAUACAGGAAAGAAACCAUUUUCAUGCUCAGAAUGUGGGAAAUGUUUUACUUUUAAAUCAGGUCUUGUUCAACAUCAAAGAAUUCACACAGGAGAGAAGCCAUUUUCAUGUUCAGUAUGUGGGAAAUGUUUUACUCAGAAAUCAGACCUUGUACAUCAAAGAACUCACACAGGGGAGAAGCCAUAUUCAUGUUCAGAAUGUGGGAAAUGUUUUAGUGUUCAAUCACAUCUUGUUCCACAUAAAAGAACUCACACAGGAGAGAAGCCAUUUUCAUGUGUAGAAUGUGGGAAAUGUUUUACUGCGAAAUCAACACUUAAAUAUCAUCUAAUAACUCACACAGGAGAGAAGACAAUUCAGAGUAAUAAAUGUAGCAGGAGAUCAGAGGAGAAUCUUAUAUCUUCAGAUUAUAAAGCAGAUGAUGAUAUCACACAAGAUACAUAUGAAGAACAUUCCAUUAUCCCAGAUACACCCUCAGCCCUUCACAGCCAAGAUCUGUCAUCUCAUCCUUAUAUACAGGUCCUGUCUUCUCAGUCAUCACAGGAUGUUCAGCAAAAAAACGGUCACAGAAGGGGUGUUGGACAUCAACGAGCUCAUACAGGAAAGAAACCAUAUUCAUGCUCAGAAUGUGGGAAAUGUUUAAUGAAGAAAUCAAGUCUUGUUGAACAUCAAAAAAUUCACACAGGCGAGAAACCAUUUUUAUGUUCAAAAUGUGGUAAAUGUUUUAUUCAGAAAUCAGUUCUUGUUCAACAUCAAAGAACUCACACAGGGGAGAAGCCAUUUUCAUGUUCAGAAUGUGGGAAAUAUUUUACUGGCAAAUCAGAUCUUCUUAAACAUCAGAAAAUUCACAUAGGAGAGAAGCUAUUUUCAUGUUCAGAAUGUGGAAAAUGUUUUACUGAAAAAUCAAGUCUUGUUCUACAUCAAAGAACUCACACAGGAGAGAAGCCAUUUUCAUGCUUAGAAUGUGGGAAAUGUUUUACUUUUAAAUUACAUCUUCUUGUACAUCAAAUAAAUCACACAGGGGAGAAGCCAUUUUCAUGUUCAGAAUGUGGUAAAUGUUUUACUGAAAAAUCUAAUCUUGUUAAACAUCAAAGAACUCACACAGGAGAGAAGCCAAUUUCAUGCUCAGAAUGUGGGAAAUGUUUUACUUGCAAUGGAGAUGUUACUCGACAUCAAAGACUUCACACAGGGGAGAAGCCAUAUUCAUGUUCAGAAUGUGGGAAAUGUUUUACUUGCAAAUCAGAUCUUCUUAAACAUCAGAAAAUUCACACAGGAGAGAAGCUAUUUUCAUGCUCAGAAUGUGGGAAAUGUUUUACUGAGAAAUCAAAUCUCGUUAGACAUCAAAGAACUCACACAGGGGAGAAGCCAUUUUCAUGUGUAGAAUGUGGGAAAUAUUUUGCCCAGAAAUCACAUCUUGUUCUACAUCAAAGAACUCACACAGGGGAGAAACCAUUUUCAUGCUUGGAAUGUGGGAAAUAUUUUGCUCAGAAAUCACAUCUUGUUCUGCAUCAAAGAACUCACACAGGGGAGAAGCCAUUUUCAUGCUCGGAAUGUGGGAAAUGUUUUGCUCAUCAAUCAAAUCUACUUCAGCAUCAAAGAACUCACACAGGGGAGAAGCCAAUUCAGAGCAGUAAAUGAUGCAGAUAACACAUCUAUAUAUUCACCAUGUACAUAGGAUAUCUGACAUUUAUACAUAUAUCAUAUACUGCAUCU